GAUGCUUCUUCGCAUCCCAUCGAGGUCGUGUGUAAAUUUGAAGAAUGAAAUGCCGCCUUCGUUUGGCAGACGCCCGACGAAUGACGACGACGGUCGCAAUCGAGAAUUAUGCGCACGCAGUGAGUGAGGUUUACGAAGUGGGAGGUCGGGUUCGAAAAUAGCAAGUGUGAGUAAUAAUUAUCGUCGGACACCGACCAACGCAAAAUGGUGAUUGAUGCAACGAGCCGGAAGAGAUCGGUUGGCUGGUAGAAGAAUAGAAAGAAUUUUCGGCCAGAAAUUAUGGAGUUUGGACUGUGAAAAUAAGCCGUGGAACGAACUCCAUGGGGAUGAACAUUCUGACCUUCUUGCUUUCUUCAACAGCGACAGAUGUGGAAAGGGAGGGCUCGUUCUUCAAACGUUUCCCUGAGAAAGCGGGCACUUGCCUUGCUUCCCAAGAUCACCUGGGCCGUUGCUGACUUGCUCACGACAUUCUAGAGCUUGCGGAUGCUCUCUAUCUACCCUACCCUCCUACUCUUUCGUCUUCCGGCAGUCGGAGGAAUCGCCACGAGUUGAAAUCCGUCGUGCCAUGUGCUCUUCUCACUCACUCGCGGUGUACAGCAAUCGCGGGCCGCGGAAAUCACCAUGCCGUUUUGUGAUCGUCGUCGUCGUCGUCGUCGAUGGAUGGGUGCGAAUGCCAGCAUGAGGCAGAGUCCUCUGCCAUCUCUGAAUUGCGUAAAUGAGUCCCUUGUUUGGUUACUACGAGUUGCGGGUUCGGUCUUACGAGCGGAAGAGAGUGAUAUGCCCGUGCGUGCGGGCAUUACGGCUUUAAGUAGAAUUUUUGGGGGUUCAGUUUUAUGAACAUGUUCCCAUGAGAAGGAAAGGAAGCAUGCGACGACCAGAUGGUAACGAGUUGAGUUUCGAUGGACGAAGAGAAGCGCGUGAGGGUUUCCAGGGCACAAUGCGCGUGGAUUUCAAGGGUCAAACAGCAAUUGCACAAUUCUAGAAAGAGGGCACGAAGCAGCAGAUAGAAUUUCUGCUCGCGAUGUGGAAGCGUUAGAGGUAGAGAGGGCGCUUGUAGGUAAUGAUCAGAAGGGCUCAAUUAGACGAUUCAGUUGUGAUUCUGCGAUCAUGGAUAGGUUUUCAAUUUUGGAUGAAAGGCCGCUACUGGCCCCAGAGCAUCUCCGAUGCAAUCCCUUGUGGGCUCUACACGUCUGGAAUGAUCCACCCCCGUUCAGAAUUGUGCAAGUUAGCAGGUUGUGUGAGGACUCAAGUGGGCAGCGGGCUUGCCUCCAGUACCGCAUCAAUUUUGUCGGGAGCUAAGAAAGUGGGAAGCGAUGAAGAGUGCUCGUGUCCUCGGAAUGGUCUGGUACAGGACCUGCUGUCUCUCGUCUAAGAGACUUGGGGAUGAAAUUCGACCUCUCAUUACACCAAAUGCCUCCAUAAUUGCAAGGUUCUUAAAAUCCUAUCCCGUUCAAACAUUUCUAUCUCCACCGAAUCAGUGCACAACAGGUGGACGAUGGAGGGCAAUUGCGGCCUUGUCGAGUGUUCAAGCGAAAUUCUUGCACAGAGCGCAUACGAAACGCUUAAACCUGGUGGACGUGCAACUCACGGAAAGCAUUCAAAGUAAACAAUUUCAUAGCAACGACCAGAAGUCCAUUCAAGCAGCAGCACCUGCAACUGCCCCUGCCCCUGCCCCUACCCCUGCGACCAGGUCGGUCCCUCUGUCUCAUCUCAAGGACAACUUUCUAGAUGGGACGAGCAGUAAUUUCCUGGAGGAGCUCCAAAGGGCGUGGGAGCAGGACCCGAAUAGUGUGGAUGAAUCCUGGCAGGUGUUUUUCAGAAACUUCACAGGUCAGUCUCAGCCGUCGCCGAGAGCGUUCGCCGGACCUGCAGUAGUUGGGAGUGAGUCAAUUCAGGAAAACAUGCGGUUGCUACUGCUGAUCCGAGCAUAUCAGGUGAAUGGGCACAUGAAAGCCCAACUCGAUCCACUAGAGCUGGACCGCAGGGCCGUUCCUCAGGAGCUCGACCUCGCCUACAACAAUUUCGGCGAGAGGGAUUUGGAUCGAGAGUUCUCACUGGGUUUUGCGCAAAUGGGAGGUGUCUUGGCAGAAAGCCGUCCACCCCAAACUUUGAGAUCUAUUGUCCAAAGACUGGAGCAGGCGUACUGUGGAACGACUGGUUAUGAGUACAUGCACAUUCCAGACCGUGACAAGUGUAACUGGCUGAGAGAACGGAUAGAAGCAGUGAACCCACGGAAGUUUCCUGUGGAGAAGAAGACCCAGAUUUUGGAUCGGCUCAUAUGGAGUUCACAGUUUGAGAACUUUCUCGCUCAAAAGUGGACGGCUGCCAAGAGGUUCGGAUUGGAAGGUUGUGAAACUCUAAUUCCAGGUAUGAAGGAGCUCAUUGAUAAAGCAGCUGAUUUAGGAGUAGAAAGUGUUGUUAUAGGAAUGCCUCACAGGGGAAGGCUCAAUGUGCUCGGCAACGUGGUGCGCAAGCCUCUGAGGCAGAUAUUUAACGAGUUUAGUGGAGGCAUAAAACCUGCUGAAGUAGAGGCAGGAGGGUAUACUGGCAGUGGAGAUGUUAAGUAUCAUCUGGGUACUUCUUACGACCGUCCUACAACUAGUGGCAAAACCAUCCAUCUCUCCUUGGUGGCAAACCCCAGCCAUCUGGAGGCCGUGGCUCCUGUUGUGAUAGGAAAAACUAGAGCUAAACAGUACUAUUCGCAGGAUACCAAGCGCCUCAAGCAUAUGGCUGUGCUGCUGCAUGGAGAUGGAAGUUUUUCCGGUCAAGGAGUAGUGUAUGAGACUCUGCACCUAAGUGACCUCAUCAAUUAUUCAACUGGUGGAACAGUCCAUAUCGUAGUAAACAAUCAAGUGGCAUUUACCACAGACCCCAAAUAUAGUCGGUCUUCACCUUACUGCACAGAUGUAGCCAAAGCUCUGUGUGCCCCUAUCAUUCAUGUGAACGGCGAUGAUGUCGAGGCUGUCGUUCAUGCUUGUGAACUUGCAGCAGAGUGGAGGUGUAAGUUUCAUGCCGAUGUCGUUGUGGACAUAGUGUGCUAUCGCAGAUUUGGCCAUAACGAGAUCGACGAGCCCAACUUCACCCAACCCAGAAUGUAUCAGGUGAUAAAAAAACACAAACCUUCACUGGAUAUUUACAUCAAGAAACUGAACGAUUCGGGAGAAAUAAAAAUGGACAUGAUACAAAGCAUGCAGGAUAGGGUGAUGAGUAUACUUAGCGAUGAGUUUAACCAUAGCAAGGACUACGUGCCUAAGAAACGCGAUUGGCUCGCUGCUUUUUGGGCCGGGUUCAAAGGUCCAGAGCAGUUGUCACGAGUACGAAAUACCGGAGUGAACCCCGACAUCCUCAAGGAGGUGGGCAAGAAGAUCACUCACCUUCCAUCUACAUUCUCACCUCACAGAGCGAUCAAAAAGAUAUACGAACAGCGACUCCAGAUGAUAGAAACUGGGCAAGGUGUGGACUGGGCUACUGCAGAAGCGCUGGCUUUCGGAACUUUGGUUGCGGAAGGAAACCAUAUACGCUUGAGUGGUCAGGAUGUGGAACGUGGCACUUUCAGUCAUCGCCACGCUGUACUGCAUGAUCAGAAGACUGGAGAACGAUUAUGUCCUCUACAUCAUGUCGUGCAAAACCAAGCGCAGGAGAUGUUUACUGUCAGCAACAGCUCCCUCUCGGAGUUUGGUGUUCUUGGAUUUGAGCUCGGCUACUCUAUGGAGAAUCCCAAUUCUUUGGUACUCUGGGAGGGACAAUUUGGUGAUUUUGCCAACGGAGCUCAAGUUAUUUUUGACCAGUUCUUGAGCAGUGGAGAGGCGAAGUGGUUGCGUCAGACUGGCCUGACGGUGCUGCUUCCACAUGGGUACGAUGGGCAAGGACCGGAGCAUUCAAGUGCUCGUCUAGAAAGAUUUCUCCAGAUGAGUGAUGACGAUCCAUUUGUAAUACCUGAAGUGGAAGCAAGUCUCAGGAAACAGAUACAAGAGGUGAAUUGGCAAGUGGUGAACGUGACCACACCAGCCAAUUAUUUCCAUGUGUUACGACGCCAGAUCCAUCGAGAUUUCCGAAAACCUCUGGUUGUUAUGUCACCGAAGAACCUGCUAAGGCAUCAAGCGUGCAAGUCAAAUCUCACUGAAUUCGAUGAUGUGGAGGGGCACCCUGGAUUUGAUAAACAGGGCACUCGUUUCAAACGCCUCAUCAAAGAUCAGAGCAACCACUCUGACAACGAGCCGGGUAUUCGUCGCCUGGUUCUUUGUUCUGGGAAGGUCUACUACGAGCUGGAAGAGGAGAGGCAACGUUUAGCCUCUACGGAUGUUGCCAUCUGUCGGAUCGAGCAGCUCUGUCCCUUCCCAUAUGACCUCGUCCAACGAGAGCUCAGACGAUAUCCCAAUGCGGAGAUCGCGUGGUGCCAGGAGGAGCCCAUGAACAUGGGAUCGUUCCAGUACGUGUCGUUGCGGCUGGCCACCACCAUGAGCCACAUCGGGCGCGGGCAGUUCGAGGACAUCAAGUAUGUCGGUCGGCCGACGUCGGCCGCGACGGCCACGGGCUUCGGGAACCUGCACAACACGGAGCAGAAAGGGCUGGUCCGAAAAGCUUUGCAGAAGGAGCCUCUGGAUUAGUCCAACCCCACCACGGCUUGCUUUCGGAUCCCGUAGUCCUCCCGGAGGAACUCGAGCCGCUCAGUCGCAGAGCGAGCGAGCGAGAUUCCUGAAGCUCGGGAAGCUUUGGCGUGAUGACUGUCUGUCUGACGACGGGCUUGGAUCACUGGUGCUCAUGAUUGGGCGGGCGCUCACGCAUGCACAUGCGGUAGCAGGGUGCCUGUCAAGAGCAUUUCGGAUGCAGGAGAGGCACGAGAGAGAGAGAGAGAGAGAGAGAGAGAUUAAAGGGCUCAAAUUUAAUCGAGAGGAUUUCGGUGGCUGGCUCCGUCAGUCAGUCGUCGCUGCUACAUGGCCGUGCGCACCGAGGGAAGAUCGUGGAGGGUGAAUGUGAAUGUUCCACCUGGACCCGAGUCCGAGGCCCGCCAGGAUGUGCCGCGUUGACCAGGUUCUCCCUGGGGCUCCUGGAGGGUGGGGUUGUAUAUAGUCGGCGUCAGGUGAUGGCUCGGAGAUUUCUGAUACGGAGCGAGUGGUGGAAA